UACAAGGACGACGUCUGUGAUUCUCUACAAGAUCAUAUCCUACUAUAUAAGCAUGAUUUACGAUCAAUAAAUAUCCUCCAAUUGAUCACGACGAGUUCCGAAAUCACAGAGGGCACGCUGGUUGAGAUAGUUAUCAGCUCCUGUCCGCAUCAUGAGCGGCUGGUGGUGCAUCCGCACACCUUGUAUGUGCACUCAUAUAAGGCCCCGACGUUCUGCGACUUUUGUGGCGAACUACUGUUCGGUCUUGUCAAGCAGGGAUUGAAGUGUCAAGGUUGCGGUCUAAAUUAUCACAAACGAUGUGCAUCAAAGAUUCCAAACAACUGCAAUGGGUCACGUCAGAGAAGGCCGAGUGCAAUUCCACUCUCUCCAUCCACUUCAAAUGUGCUGAACCUCACGGACAGACGGCAAUCUCGAAGGGACUCAUGUCUCGAUGGGUUAGAUGCCGGCAGACCAUCGUCGACAAUUGGUGGACAACAGCUUGCUCCAGACAUCUUCAUCACAACAGAUACGGACUGUGGAGAUCCAGUAGGGGGCAAUUUCUUACAAAUGCCUCGAAAGGAUCGCAGUUGCUCUUGGAGCGGCAGGCCGUUGUGGAUGGAGAUCGCCGAAGCGACUAGGGUUAAAGUGCCACAUACCUUUCAAGUGCACAGCUAUAAACGACCUACCGUGUGUCAGUACUGUAAAAAGCUUCUGAAAGGCCUUAUAAGGCAAGGGCAUACAAUGUAG